AUGCAGGUGGGAACUCAUCUCCUUGAUCUCCUCAGCUUCAGCUCCCAUGUCAAAGGCACCAUCUUGAAGUCCACUUUCAACCAGCUUCUUCCACUCACAGAGACUGCUAUACUCUAUGCACUUGGAACUGGAACUGUCAGUGAACAUUUCAUCAUCAACCUCAUGUUGGUUCUCUUUCUGUUUAGGCCCCUCCACACACUCCUCUGCCUCAACAUUUUCUUCAAAAAGGAUAUCAUCAAAACCACUAUCAGUGUCCAUACUUGCACAAAAUUCCUCAUCUUCAGAUUGGUCACCCUCAUCCUCAAGCACCCUCCUAUCUCCAUCACCUACAGGCACACUCCUAUCACCAUCACCUACAGGAACACCCCCAUCACCUACAGCAACACCUCCAUCACCUACAGGAACACCCCCAUCACCUACACUCCUAUUUCGUGUUUUCUCAGCAUCUAA